CGCAUUAUGAGGUCACACCAUCAUGGUCACUUUUACCUUCUUGCAAAAUUGAUAUUUGAAGGCUAUAAGUGAAUAAUUAUUAAUCAUUUUCUGUUGGUUUGUGAAUCGAUGGUGCGCUCUUUAUUUUAUAGUUAAGUAUACUUACAUGCUAAGAAAAUUAUAAAAAUGCUUGUGAAUUUUACAUUUAUAGGGCUCAUGGCCCCAGUCUUUACAAUAUUUAACCCAGAUUUCACUGUUAACACUGAUAGGAUUCCGCAAUACGCAAACUAUUUGCUUGAAUCUGGAAUAAAUGGGAUUUUAGUUGCAGCAACUACAGGCGAAGGCACCUCACUGUCAGUACAAGAACGAAAAAAUCUAACAGAAUCUUGGGCUUCAGCAGUAAAAACGACCCGUCAACACCUUAUGGUCCAAGUAGGCGGAGCCCCCUUUCCCGACGUAGUGGAUUUGGCCCGCCACGCAGACAACUUACGAGUCGAUUCAAUACUAACAAUGCCAGAAUUAUACUUCAAACCAAAAAAUCCUCAGGAAUUGAUAAGCUAUUUGAAGUUUGUUAGUGCAGCCGCCCCAAAUACUCCUUUGUUCUACUACCACAAUCCUGGACAUACCGGUGUAAACAUUGACAUGGCAGAAUUCCUAGAACAGGCUUCCAAUCAAAUUCCAAACCUCAAAGGAAUCAAGUAUACUUCGAAUGAUUUGGCUAAAGGAUAUGCGGCUUUGAGGGCUGCAAAAGGCAAAUUUACUGUUUUUAUUGGAGGAGAUUAUUUACUUGAGCCUGCAUUUGCUACCGGUUUCACCUCAGCCACAGCCGCAUCAAUAAAUGUGUUUCCACGUUAUUCUGUUGAAAUGUUGGCAGCGAUUAAACAAGCAAAAUUAGACACGGCUUUAGAAUUGCAACAAAAUUUAACAAGAAUUUUGAAUAUUGUUACAAAAUAUGGAUCUAGAGUGUCUGGAUUGAAAUUGGCGAUGAAUCUUUUUACACCAAUUAAUGUUGGAUUGGCCAGGCCGCCUCUACAAAAUCCCAAUCCCAGCAAAAUAGAAGAAAUUAAAACUCUAUUGGAACCGUUUAUAUAAAUAUUCCUACACACAGAGAUUGUAUGACUGAAUAAAACUGUUUUGUUAAUUAAAUAAAAAGUUCAAUAAUUUAAUAAAUAUAUUUUAUUUGCUUUAUCCAAAUAAUUAUGUUUCAUCAUCUAUCAUACAUUAUUUUGUACCCCUGCAAGUCACACAAAUAUAACAAUUAAAUACAACAUAAUAUAAUAAAGACACCUCUCGAAACGUUUUAUUUUCUCCUGUGAUUAGAAAUUAUUGUAAACAUAUUUUCUGCAGUUUAUAAAUUCAUGCUAGAUAAAUCUACUCUGAAUCGUUUUUGUUUUUUUUUGGCAUUUCAGUGAUUUCGCCUACGAUAGCGAUUUCCUUUUUUGGUAUUUUUCGACUUAGCACCAUUAACAUGCUCACUUUUACCCUCAGUCUUUCGUCCUUCCCCUUUUUCCGGUUCUUUUUGGUUUAUGUCCACUGAUUGACUGUUGAUUACUUCACUAGACACUCCAGUAUCCAUUACUUCAAUCGAAUCUGAACAUGCCAUUCGAUAAUAUAAACUUCAAAUAUCACAAACUUUAUACUCACCCUCAUUUACACCAUUACAAAGCACAUUCUCACUGACAAGUGAUUCAAGCGGUGCAUCUCCUUUCUCAUUAGCCAUCAUUGGACUUUGCUGACUCAUAGUUGUAUUUAUUGUUUCAUUUUCAGCCUCGGGUUCAAUAUAAAUAGUUGGACCACCACCAUAGAUAUUAUGGAAAAACUCCCAAAUUGAUUCCGGCACCUCAGCGGCUUCAUCCGUAUCGAUAUUUUUUGAAUCAAUUUUCGUAUUAUCUAUAGGACCUGGUGGUUCCGAACUUUUUUUUUGGACGAAGGCGUGCCAUUGUAGGUACCAAGAAGUGGACAGGUAGUGAGUGUGAGGCCAACCCUCUGCUUGAGUUUUACGACUAACCUAAAUUGGAGUUUUACGGUUUAAGAGUGUUAUAAUGACAAUCAAAAACACUGUACCUCCAAAAACGAUUCCAUUUCGUUCAUUAUCCGUUGCUGUAAAGCCGAACAAGCAGGGCAGAUUACUGGAUUUGCAAUUGGUGGACAACCUCCGAACCGUUUGUGAAGGUAAUCGUAAGCUUCUAGAGGAACUUCAAGGGAUAAGUGCUCUAGAAUCAACUCUUUUUCUGGAUCGAACGCACCGUGCUGGCAUAAAAAGUCCGAGUUAUCGAUUGGACCUGGUUCUACGUUGUGAUAGA